CCAGGGGCACAGUCGACACAAGUUCCUGAGAGUGGGUUUUUCCUCUUGGCAGACGGCUCACGCGGCAGGUAUAUCCGUAGGAAUACAGAUCUGUACACGAGAUAUCUCCACAGCCGUUGGUCCUCAAGAGUCCAGGUUUGGACGCCGUCUUGUCUCCCUCUCUCUUUCUUUCCAUUCUUUCCACCACCAUCCAACGCCAAAAGCGAAAAAAAAAGAAAAGAAGAGAAGAAAAACCUUCCACCAUGGUCCGCUCCGUCCUCCCCGUCGCCCUCGCGGCCCUCACCCUCCUCUCCACCCCGGCGACCGCCCAGGACGGCGUCAAAGACGGCCCCGACGUCCUCGACGAGUGCGUCGCCUGCCCGUACCUGUACAAGACCUUCUACACGUGCGCCCGCAGCGUCCCCGGCCCGACCCGCACCAACGUCGGCGAGUGCGUCUGCCCGCCGCGCGCCUCGGCCGGCUCCGACAGCGGCUGGUACCCCUACGUCGAAGCGUGCCAGCGCUGCCUGCCCUCCUCGGGGGCGUCGGGCGAAUUCUGGAGCAACAUGGGCGGCCUGUUCUGGCAGACGGUCAACAACUGCCGCGGCGGGCGCAACGUCACGGCCGACGCGGAGGGCGUGCUGUGCGUCGCGACCGAGAAGAUGGAGAACUGCAUGGCGCUGCGCGACGCGUCCGAGGGCCCGUCGUGGGUCGGCUACCGCCUGUUCGGCUUCGAGCAGAACAACAGCAACGAGACGAAGGUGCUGAAUCUGGCCGCGUUCAAGCCCAACUCGACGUCGUCGAGCGAGGCGGCGCCGGCGUCGACCACCGCGUCGGGAACCGCCACGGGACUGGAGAUUGUGCCGGCGAGCACUACGGCGCCGGCGGAUGCUGGUACUGGGACGGACAACGAGGCCCCGGCGACGACGACGACCGACUCGUCCUUGGCGGCGGCUCGGUUGAGCCAGGGAUCGCCGGCGGGGUAUGUUUUGGGCGGGCUGGUUGUUGCUGGGAUUGUUGGGUUGCUUUGAGAAGUGGGAGGGGAAGUUGGAAGUCUGUCGCAUCGAUGGCGGGCAUAUAAUGUUAAUGUCAAUGUAUGUAAUGUUAUGUACAAAUGGGUAGAGUCGGCGGCCCGGCCGGUUUUGGAAGUCUA